CCCGAAUCACAGCGAAUGCCAGCGCGAAUGGUUCAAGUCACGAUACAUGUCUGCAGCAAGUCGUCUCUUGAGUGGUAGCCCUGAUCGGCCCGUGAUUCGAGUUUCCUGUUCACCCCGCGCUCGCGCAGUUGUCUCAAGUACCAGCAGUCGCCUCAUUCUGCAAACUUAUUCUCACCGCGCCUUCUUCUCCAUUGAUCGUCUUUAUUGAUAGACUCCCUGUUGUAACUCACCGACACGCUGGACUUGGGUGGAUCAGUGGACCUCCCAGCCGCUUCCGCGCAUUGAUUAUUCCUGACCGCCUCGUGGGGAAUAUUACUUGUAGACGCGACUUCUCCUACCACUGCAUACCGCCGUCGCACGUUACACUACUCUUCUCCUGCAGGGCCAAGCUGCAUUCCGGCAUCAUGGGUAUAGGAGAAACCAUCACCGUCAUCAAUAAGUCGGGCAAAGUUGUGAGCAAUAGCAAACACUUUGUCAGCAUUUUCAAGGAAGCCAAAGCUAGCUAUCGCGAGCGCAAGGCAGAGAUCAAGGCGGAAAAAGACGCCGUAAUACGCGAAAAAAAGUUGGGCGAUGCGGUCAAUUUGUUGAAGAUAGUCGACGACGACACCCAGUCACGCACAUCCCACCGCUCGCACCGCUCCUCCAGAUCCCACCGACAUGGUGACAGACCAACUCUCGAGCGUGGUCACACUGACACGUACAUGCUCGAGCCCUCACGCACCAGUCGUAGCCGCUUCGCUGACUUGUCUGGUGAUGGGCGCGCUGCUCAAUCCCAGGAGAUUGCGCGUCGCAACACCGAUGGGAACGUAGCGCGCAGAACAUCGCGUUCCAACUCAGUCGAUGAUGAUCUCUGCUAUGGCGACGUUCCUGCACCACUCCUAGAAGAAGCUAGAUACGACGACGGCGACCUACAGGAAAAGGCCUCCAAGAUCACAAUGCUGCUUGAAGAGGCGAAUUGCCUCCAGUACAGUGCUACGACUGCAAUUGAAAACUUGCAGAAGAACCCCGAAGCACUCGCCGCCGUGUCACUCACAUUAGCCGAAAUCAGCGCCAUCGCAGGUAAAAUGGGACCUGGUGUACUUGCCACACUCAAGUGCAGUUUCCCUGCCGUAGCAGCCUUGUUGCUCAGCCCACAAUUCAUGAUUGCUGGUGGUGUCGCAGUGGGCGUGACCAUCGUCGCGCUUGGCGGCUACAAGAUCAUGCGAAAGAUUCAAGCCACCAAAGACGAAGACAAACGUCCCAUCGCCAUGGCGGCUAUGCCCGCCAUGCCCGCCCUGCCUGCCAUGCCCGUCCAACCGCGCAUUGAAGCUGUUGAAGAACCAAAUCUGCUCGACGAACUCGAGCCCCAGGAACUCUCCCGUGUGGAGAAGUGGCGUCGCGGUAUCGCCGACAUAGAAGCAGAAAGCGGCGGCACCCUCGUCGACGGCGAGUUUGUCACACCCGGCGCCUCAAAACAACUUGUGGCCGCCGGUGUUCUCGACGAAGACGACCUGAAGUCCCGAAGAAGCAUGCGGAUCCGUGAGGAUGGCGAGAGGCGAAAAUCGCACCGCGCCAAGAGCGAAAGGAGUGUGCGCAGCGAAAAAGCAGGCAGCGUAAGAAGCGAAAAGACCAGCCACAGCAGCCGCAGUAAAAGCGGAGAGUCGCGGAGUAAAUCCGGCGAGUCGAAGAAGAGCAGGAGUCCCAAGGAGCCGGCGGCGGCUCCCCCCAAGAAGAAGGAGAAGGAGCCCAGUGGGCUGAGAAUGUUGUUCCGCUCGCAUACCGCGGCUUGAUUUCUCAACGCAUAUCUUUUCAUCUUACGUUUUUUCUUUCUGCCAUCUCAGCAUGAGGCGUUUAUUUAUGGGUCCUGCGUUUAGCGUCCGCAUUUGUUUGCUUCCUCGUAUACCAUCAAGAUCUUUGCUCCACAGCAGCAUCGCUUCGUCUACGUUUGUUUGCUUUUUUUGCGCGCACAGGGGGUAAUGAUAGGCGCAAUUGGAAUGGGUAGUAUCACUAUGACUAGCAUGUUCUCGAAUAAACGAACGCUACGUAUCUCAACGAAAUUGCUUACACUCAAACAAAGUCCCCCAAAGGAGGAUGGUCAACAAGACCUGUUUGUACACAUUACAACCUUCUAC